AUGACUUCGUCUCCGCGGCGGCCCCGGCGGGUGCCCUCGCUGCUGUGGACCUUCCUGCUGGUCAGCGCUGCGGCCGGCGAGUCGCCCCGGGUGGCGCGUCCGGGCCGCUUCCCUGCGGCUGACGGGGAGCGAGCCCGCAGAGGCCGAGGCCUGCGUUCGCCCUUCGCCGCGCGUCCCCUGAUUGCCCCGGACCUGCGCGCCUGUCCCGGUCCUCCCGGAGAGCUGACCUUCCACGUUUUCGUGGAGUUUCAAAUCCCCACACCGCGUAUUCCCCACCCCCACUCCCCCCACCGGGGCGGGGGGGAAGAAAGACACUUAGGGUGUGGUAUCUUGACAUUUUUAGCUGUGAGGUAA